GGACGUGAUUACGGUAUGUUAGGGAUACCGUUUCUUGAUUCUUCAUUUCUGCGAAUUUUUUCACCAACCACUUACGAUGACCGUAUCGAUCGACUCAAUUAUUUUUAUGCACUUAAUGAAACGAUAAUUACUGAUAGAUACGUUGGUUCACCUAUACAAUGCUGGAUGCCAAUGGAAUUCAAAGGUGGCUGGGAGCAAUAUGCCGAAGAUUAUUGUUUCAUCCAGAAUACUUACUGGGUACAUUUCGACAAUCCGGUUCCCGAAGACGUUGGCGAUCGACGGAGUGCCGAAAUUGGCUAUUAUCAGUGGGUACCGAUCGUUUUGGCCCUACAAGCACUCAUGUUCUUUAUUCCGUCGUGGAUAUGGAGAACGCUUCAUAAACAGUCUGGAAUUGAUUUGGACACAAUUGUAAAAGAGGCAAAAAGCAUGCGUGGAGCACGAUUGAAUGAUCGUCAAAAUGAAGUGAAAAAAUUGGCAAACUUUGUUGCUGAAAGUCUUGAGAUUGCCAAUCCUCGACCUCGUUAUCACUUCUUAUGCUUGAAUUUUGGACAAUCACUUGGCUCUUAUGUGUCCAUUCUGUACAUCUUCGUCAAACUGUUAUACGUCGUGAAUAUUCUUACACAAUUUGUGAUUCUCAACAAUUUCCUUGGCACAGAUUAUAGUUUAUGGGGUUUCCAGACACUACGCGAUCUAUGGCAAGGUCGUGAAUGGCUUGAUUCAGGUGUGUUCCCACGUGUGACAAUGUGCGAUUUUAAAGUGCGUCGAUUAGCGAAUAUUCAUCGUUAUUCAGUGCAAUGCGUUCUUAUGAUCAAUAUGUUCAACGAAAAAAUUUAUCUCUUCAUUUGGUUCUGGUUUCUGUUUGUCGCGAUAUCAACAAUCAUGAAUUUCUUGUACUGCUUCGGAACAAUGAUCCUUUCAACUUAUCGUGAAAAAACGGCUGCUGUUUUAUUAUCUGCUUACAAAAUGGAAGAGAAUAGCCGUAUCGAUAGGUCAAUUAUGCGUCGUUUUGUUCAUAAUGGUCUAAGACCAGAUGGAAUCUUAUUGCUUCGUUUCGUUGAUCAACAUGCGGGUGGUAUGGCUGCCCGAGAUCUGUGUGCUCAAUUAUUUCAUGAUUUUUUUCUGCUGCGUGAACCGCAAUAUCAGCAACGCUCUGGCGAUGGUCAAACAACAAAAAGCACAUCACCAGGAAUUGAUGAGGGCUUCACUGAGACUCCCUACAAUUCCGACAAGGUAUCAUCUUAA